GGAUCGCCUCCAUACAGUAGUACCGAGCGGAUCAGCUCCCACCCGACACUUAGAGUCGUCAAUCAGGAUUAAUGGACCCGCUGUAUAAAAACUCACCGCGGCUUCUCGAACACACACACAAACGCUUCCAGCUCUUUUAUUUAUAUGGAUGUCUCUGUGGCUCAUUGCCCUGCGACCAUUAACCUUUGGUUGAUCCUGGACAGAGAACAGAAGAAAGAAAUAAAAUGUUGAAAAGAAAAGCCGGUGGCUUUUAGAAAGAACAAGUGAAAUUGACUGAACAGCAAACAGUGAAAUUGACACGCACUUUAAAAGGGGCACAGGGGAAAAAAAACUUUUUUUUGCUAACUUGCAAGAGGACCGGUUGCAGUUCCCCUUUUUUCUCUCUCUCCUAUGUGUUUGUGUGUCGUUGUUUUAGAAUGAACACUGAGAUGGACUGGAGGAGCCUGGCUUCCCUCCUGCUUUUCCCCGUGCAGAUGGUUUUCUACGUGGUGAAAGCCGCCGUGUCGCUACUGCUGCCGGUCAGGCUGAGGGAGCUGAGCCGGGACACGGUGCUCAUUACCGGGGGAGGCAGGGGAAUCGGCCGCCACCUGGCCCUGGAGUUCGCCAAGCAAGGGGCGAGGAAGAUCAUCAUCUGGGGGCGGACUGAGAGAUGUCUGAAGGAGGCCUGCGAAGAGAUUCAGAGCCUGGGAGUUGAGUGUCACUACUUUGUCUGCGAUGUAGGGAACAAGGAGGAAGUUUACCAACAAGCCAAGGCCGUACGGGAGAAGGUGGGUGAUGUCACCAUCUUGGUCAACAAUGCUGGGGUGGUUCAUGGCAAGACUCUAAUCGAUAGCGACGAUGAUGCGCUCCUGAAGUCCCAACACAUCAACACGCUUGGCCAGUUCUGGACUACGAAAGCGUUCUUGCCUCGGAUGUUAGAACUGCAACACGGACACAUUGUGUGCAUGAACUCUGUGCUGGCACUGUCUGCCAUUCCGGGUGCCAUUGAUUAUUGCACUUCCAAGUCCUCCUCCUUCGCAUUCAUGGAGAGUCUGACCCUGGGCCUCCUCGACUGUCCCGGGGUCAAUGCUACGACAGUGCUCCCUUUCCACACCAGCACCGAGAUGUUUCACGGCAUGAAGACAAGAUUUCCAAAGCUGUUCCCUCCCCUGAAGCCGGACACAGUUGCCCGCCGGACAGUGGAAGCAGUACAGACUAACCAGGCCCUCCUGCUGCUACCCUGGACCAUGCACCUACUGGUCAUCAUGAAAAGUAUCCUCCCGCACACGGCUUUAGAAGAGAUUUACAGAUUUACAGGAAGUUAUGCCUGUAUGGACAGCUUCAAAGGACGAACAUAAGAGGGACAGCCCCACACUGAUCCCACCUGAAUCUUGCAAGCAAGCUGGAAAAUGAACUUUGAACAGAAUGUGCACGCGGCAGGCAGCUCUGCGGGUGUUUUCCAUCAUAUCUUGCGUAAUGUUAAGAAUCGAACCCUCACAGCCCAGAGCUACCUCAAGGCAAACUGUGUACAGUCAAACUGGACGUUAAUGUGGGGACCAGAAACAAAAUCAAGGUGACUUGUUCCUUGAGUUAAAUAUGGAAAUAGGUGACUGUGGAGCGUUGGAAAUGGUUCACCAGGAAUGCUACGUAACUUCUACUCUUACAUGUGAUGGUCACUAUUCCAAGUGAAUACACCAGAUGUGUUUUGUUCACGCUGUGGCAAUGACUCUUUGCAGCUCCACUCGACUCAUCACUUUUCAUUUUAAAUCAUAUUGUAAAUGUUAAUAUUUAAACUGUAAUUUACCAUCUGGCUGAAAACCAUUAACUAUUUUUCCUCUUUCUUGGAUUUAGUAAAUGAAUAAAAUAGAAAAGUGACUAUC